CUGCGCACCCCCGACUCCUCCUGCUCGCAUCGCCGCCUCCUCGCCUCCACCCCCGACUCCCUCUCCUCGGCGUCGCGUCUCGCCCAGACGCCCAGCCAGGACUGCGUCCAGCGGCGCCGCUCGCUGCUCGCCACCGGCCGCCGCCCGCCGGAUCCGCUCACGGAUCGCCACCAGGCGCCGCCCGCCGGCUCGCCGCGCCGGUCCCCUGGUCCGCCGUCCGCCUGCCGGCUGCUGCAGUGUCGCCGGCGCCGGCCCGCCCCUAGACGGCCAGACCCCAGUGGAGGCUCGCCUGCCGCUGGCCCGCCCCCAGCCCCAACCGGCCAAAUCAAAAGGCAUACCUAAGUUUCAAUCCUAGGUACUGGGAUGGAGUUGGAGGUUGUGAGGACGGAGAUGGUGCUGGCGCCGUCGCUGCCUUUCAAGAAGGUGCAGACGGCAGACAAGUACCCCAAGGGCCAGUCCCGGGGGCGCCAGUGGAAGCACCUCCGCCACCUCCUCCACGCCGCAGAUGCCUCCUCCAUGCCCCCCGACCGCCCCAACUAUCUGAAUAUUCAAUCGCCCCCAUCGAUUUACCCAUCAAAGAGAUACUGUGACAUAACAGGUUUUGAAGCACCGUAUAUGGAUCCGAGGACAAAGCUGCGCUACGCAGAUCCAGAGGUGUUCAAGCAGAUCAGGAUGCUUCCUGAUGAAUACGUCCAAAGGUAUCUGGCCUUGAGAAAUGCAGCGGUUAUACUGAGAUAACAAUCCCUGAACACGGGUAGGUCUUGUUGCCCUAACCAUGUUGCACCACUCACAUGGAUACUAUCGACUGUGUACGGAGGAGGUUGUUUCUGAAUCCUGAUCCUUUGAAACGGAUCUUUCUUCCUCGCUCUUGUAUACCAGGGAUUGCCUAUGUGAUUACAUCCUGCUUUGUAUUUUUCACACUGAAGAUUACAAAUUGAUGUAUAAGCAUGUUCUUCUCUGCUGUAUGCGAAUUCGUUUCAUUCCAGACGUGGUAUCUAUGCGCUAUAUUCGAUUCAUACCUAA